AUGUUUGAGAAAAUGAUCGUUCAAUCUUGUACCCCUCGAUCUAAAAGUCAAGCUAUGUGGGCUGCGGCAUUUAAAUUACAUUGCCAUCUAUCGAGGAGAUGGAUGGAGUUCUCGAGAGGCAUGGUGCAAGCCCAACCAAAACUCCUUGAUAUAGUUGAGCAUACACUUUCAUAUAGACUAGAACUUCCACUUCGUAAAACGAACGCAGAUAUACUGCAGCAGAUUUCGCGGCUUAUUCAUAUCUUGAGGCCUGUGUUAGAGAUCAGUUCGUGUAUGCAAAGGACCUUUGAAGUACAAGAGUCGCUCUUUCCUAUCUGGCUUGCAUGCUGGUAUCAUUCCAUUGCGCUUGGCUUAGGGCUACCUAGCCGCGGGCGCCGCGGGAACCGGGAAACUUGGAAUACUGGGAAUCCGAUAGCAUCACUCUUGGGUCCACUUGCUAUUAUUGCUAUUACGCCAGGGAUGGAUCUAUCGAAGCGACUUGUGCUUCCUCUGCCACUUAGAAUGGUUUCGAACUUCGAUAAAUCGCAUACUUGCAAGAAGGGGCUAUCUCCUUCUGGUUUGUCUCUAUACCCGCGUAUGAAUGAAAAAGUGUCUUCGUUUUGUCGUCUCUGCAUGGGUAAUUCUAUUGCAUUCCUGCGAAGAGAUUCACACGGUCAAGUGCUGACUUGUCACUACGAAGAGAUUAUGAGCAAACUUUUCGGGAUGGUUUAUGGCAGGUACGGCAUCCUCUUUCUAAAGGCUCUGGCCAACAUCCCUGGGACCUACCACUAUCGAAGUUCGUUGAGUGAACUAACAAAUUCACAGUUCAGUUUCAUUAUACAAUCAUGCUACUAG